CAUGUUGAUAGAUUAUUUAAGUCCGUAGCUACCUUCUUACCCUUAUUCGCAUCCAUCGAAAACGAUCUCUCUCUCUGAUCUUUCAUCUCUUAACUGACUGCACAAUGGUUCUCUCCAAAACUUCAUCAGAGUCGGACGUCUCUGUCCACUCCACCUUUGCCUCUCGAUAUGUUCGAACCUCGCUUCCUAGAUUCAAAAUGCCCGAGAACUCGAUCCCAAAGGAAGCAGCGUACCAGAUCAUUAACGACGAGCUCAUGCUGGAUGGGAAUCCGAGGCUGAACCUGGCGUCGUUCGUGACCACGUGGAUGGAGCCGGAGUGCGACAAGCUCAUCAUGUCUUCCAUCAACAAGAACUACGUCGACAUGGAUGAGUACCCCGUCACCACUGAGCUCCAGAAUCGGUGUGUUAACAUGAUAGCGCAUCUCUUUAAUGCACCACUCGGAGAAUCUGAGGCCGCAGUUGGAGUGGGGACAGUGGGGUCGUCGGAGGCCAUAAUGUUGGCCGGUUUAGCAUUCAAGAGACAGUGGCAGAACCGGAGGAAAGCAGAGGGGAAACCCUGGGACAAACCCAACAUUGUUACUGGAGCCAAUGUUCAGGUAUGCUGGGAAAAAUUCGCAAGAUACUUUGAGGUGGAAUUGAAGGAGGUAAAGCUGAGGGAGGACUACUUUGUGAUGGACCCUGUGAAGGCUGUUGAGAUGGUAGAUGAGAACACCAUUUGUGUCGCUGCCAUUCUCGGUUCCACUCUCAACGGAGAGUUUGAAGAUGUCAAGCUCUUAAAUGAUCUACUGAUUGAGAAGAACAAGGAAACUGGGUGGGAUACUCCGAUCCAUGUCGAUGCAGCGAGCGGUGGAUUCAUUGCCCCAUUUCUACACCCAGAACUAGAGUGGGAUUUCCGCUUGCCGUUGGUGAAGAGCAUCAAUGUUAGUGGCCACAAGUAUGGACUUGUGUAUGCCGGGAUUGGGUGGGUCAUCUGGAGGAGCAAAGAGGAUUUGCCUGAAGAACUCAUCUUCCAUAUAAACUAUCUUGGAGCUGACCAACCCACCUUCACCCUCAACUUCUCCAAAGGUUCUAGUCAAGUCAUUGCUCAAUACUAUCAACUAAUUCGCUUGGGUUUUGAGGGAUACAGGAAUAUUAUGGAAAACUGUAGAGAAAACAUGCUGGUACUCAAAGAGGGGUUGGAGAAGACAGGGCGCUUUAACAUUGUUUCAAAAGACGAUGGCGUGCCAUUGGUGGCCUUUUCCUUAAAAGACAACAGACGUCAUGAUGAGUUUGAGGUGUCUGACAUGUUGCGGCGCUUUGGCUGGAUUGUGCCUGCUUAUACCAUGCCGCCCGACGCCCAAACCGUGACGGUGCUCCGAGUUGUCAUCAGGGAAGACUUUUCGCGCACUCUUGCAGAGCGCCUGGUUUGCGACAUCGAGAAAGUUCUGCAUGACCUUGAUACUCUUCCGGCAAAGAUCAGUUCCAACUUAGCAAUUAAUGGUGAAGAGGCCGACAAGAAUGUCGCUGUGGUUAUAAAGAAGAGUGCUCUCGAGACGCAGAGGGAGAUCACUACGGUUUGGAGGAAGUUUGUCCUGGAGAGGAAGAAGAUGAAUGGCGUUUGCUAGAGCUUAUUGGAGAAGAGCGUGUCAAUUACCUACUUUAUAAUUGAGUUAUCGAAGUACCGCAUGUCUCUUUCCUUUUUAAUAUAAGCUUUGUGAUGCUUAAUUAUUACUGGGCUUUCUGCAUUAUUAUUUCUUGUGUGGGUUAGAUGAAUGAUCAGUCGCAUCGUUUAAAUUAAUGCAUCUUAAUUUCA